AUGCACAAUGUGAGAUGGCAAGGCUUGAUUGCCAUCAACUAUCCAGCUCGCAAAUUUGGCAUUGGCCGCAUGUGCACUGUUGACGAUGCAAAGAAGCUGUGCCCAGAGAUCAUCUGUCAGCAUGUGGCAACCUGGAAGGAAGGCGACGAGAAAUGGGCGUAUCAUGAUGACGCCGCGGCCAACAUUGCUACCCACAAGGUGUCUCUGGACCCUUACCGCCUCCAGUCGAGGAAGAUAUUGGCACUGAUUAAGGAAUCUCUCCCUUCAAACCUACAGAAGGUGGAAAAGGCCAGCAUUGAUGAGGUUUUCCUGGACUUGUCCGCCCAGGUGCACUCUCUGCUGCUCCAAAGAUUCCCGGAGCUGGCGCGUCCUCCUCCUUACGAUGAUCCUACAGAGCAUCUACCUCUACCAUCUGUAUCAGCACUCGAUUGGCAGGCUGAUGCGCUGGUCGACUUGGACGCCUCGCAAGAAGAGACGGACGAUCCAGACUGGGACGAUGUAGCCAUGUUGAUUGGAUCCGAGAUUGUACGUGGCAUUCGGGCAACAAUACGCGAAAAGUUGAAGUACACCUGCUCCGCGGGGAUAGCGGGCAACAAGAUGUUGAGUAAGUUGGGCUCAGGUCACAAGAAGCCCAAUCAGCAGACAAUCAUACGAAACCGCGCGAUACAGCAUUUCCUCUCAGGCUUCAAGUUUACUAAGAUACGGAACCUCGGCGGCAAGCUGGGAGAUCAAGUCGUGCAGACAUUCGACACGGAUAGUGUGAGUGACCUGCUCCUCAUCCCUGUCGAGCAGCUGAAGUCGAAACUUGGUGAUGACACAGGGGUCUGGGUCUACAAUACAAUUCGUGGCAUCGAUGCAAGCGAGGUCAAUUCUCGGACACAGAUCAAGUCGAUGCUCUCGGCAAAAUCCUUUCGGCCCAGUAUCAACAAAUUUGAACAAGGAGUAAAGUGGCUUAGGAUCUUCGUAGCUGACAUUUUCUCGCGACUGGUCGAGGAAGGUGUGCUCGAGAAUAAGCGAAGGCCCAAGACCAUCAACCUCCAUCAUCGCCAUGGUGGUCAAACCCGGUCUCGUCAGAGCCCAAUUCCCCAGGGGAAACCAAUAGAUGAAGCCAUGCUGUUUGACCUUGCCAAACAUCUGCUCAACCAGAUAGUCCUCGAAGGCAGGUUCGAAUGCUCCUGCAUCUGCAACGCGGAGCGACAAGAAGAACACGAGCGCGUCGUCUAA